AUUUAGGCUUCUGACUUGCGUUGGUUUCCAUAGAACCUAGGAGCCUAAAUACCUUGGUAGAUCUGGGCCAGUGUUCUGAAAACUGAAUGGACAGGAUCGACAUGUGUAUAUUUCAUCAGAGUGCAAACUAACCAUGCUAAUAUCCCAAUUUUAUUAACAGAUAGGAAAAGACUGACAAUAUGGCAACUGCCCAGAUGCAAAGAAAUUCUAUGAGUGCAGUAAUAUUUCCUAAUAAAAUAUGUACUGAACAGCAGUCUUUGAUAUUGGUGAAGAGACUCCUAGCAGUAGCAGUAUCCUGCAUUACUUACCUAAGAGGAAUUUUUCCAGAAUGUGCCUAUGGAACAAGAUAUCUAGAUGACCUCUGUGUCAAGAUUUUGAGGGAAGACAAAAACUGCCCUGGAUCCACUCAGUUGGUGAAAUGGAUGUUAGGAUGCUAUGAUGCUUUGCAGAAAAAAUAUCUAAGAAUGGUUGUCCUAGCAGUCUACACUCAUGCAGAAGACCCUCAGACAGUUACAGAAUGUUAUCAGUUCAAAUUCAAAUACACCAACAAUGGGCCGGUAAUGGAUUUCACCAGUAAGAAUAAAGGAAAUGAUUCCAACAUUACAUGUACAGACACCAAGAAAGCAAGUAUCCUCCUCAUUCGUAAGAUUUAUGUUCUGAUGCAGAAUCUGGGCCCAUUACCUAACGAUAUCUGCUUGACUAUGAAGCUUUUUUAUUAUGAUGAAGUUACACCACCUGAUUACCAGCCUCCUGGUUUUAAAGAGGGUGAUUGUGACACAAUGAUAUUUGAGGGGGAGCCUAUUUACCUAAAUGUGGGCGAGGUGCCAACCCCUUUUCAUAUGCUGAAAGUUAAAGUGACAACUGAGAGAGAACGAAUGGAAAAUCUUGAUAAAAACAUGCUAAAGCAAGGAGACUGUAAGGUGCCUACGCAGUUAAUAAGACUGGACAAAGAUGAUCCAGAAGAACAGGACCAGCAAAUAAAUGAAGAUUUUGUGGCAGAUAAUAAAAUGAAAGUUCAGAAAAAUGCAAAUACAUCUGUAAAAGUUGGAGAAUUAAAUUUAAGUGGUGAAGAAAAUGAACUUAUGAGGUCUGAAGAAAGCCAGAAUAAACCCGUUUCUAAUUCUCAGGUUGAUCAGUUAGCAGUUAAGGCAUCUGAACUUGAUGUGUCAGAGGGCAGGACAAGAAGUGGAAAAAUAUUUCAGAUCAACACAGUUGGUGAAAAUCAGGCUCAGGAACAUUGCAAAAAUCGUUUAGUAGCUAAGUGUUCUAGAGAAACCCAGAAGAGAAAUUGGUCUGAGUCUGAAAAACUUGUUCAUCAGUAUGAACUCUCCUCUAGUCAAGAUGCACUGCCGAAAAGGAGAAAAUUUAGUGAACCAAAGGAGCGGUUUUAGAUAUCACCUCCCUGC